AUGAUUGCUCAAUGUCGGCAAAAGCAUCAAGAAAAACGAUCUAUUUUAGACGGUAUUUCUCUCCUCACAGCAGGAGCUACGCUCGGUUUGGAUACAAGGAACGCAAUUGAAAUUAAAAAAUUGCAAACAAGAAUGAGCGAUUUUGCGUCAUCGUCCAACACCAUGUCUAAUAAAGUUGAUGUUCACGGAGCGCAAAUCGUUCAUUUAAAUGAAGGACAAGUACGGCUUGGUCAAGGAUUGAAAUAUACUCAAGAGAGUCUGAAUUCUACAAUUUCACGGGUGAAUAAUAUUGUAAUGGCUGUCAAUGCAUUGAGUAUGGUGAAAAGUUUGAAUAGUUCUAGUGUAUGGGAUAAUUUACCGUAUUUACAAGGCGACGUUGAUAAUAUUAUAAACUUUAUUAAUCAAGUACCAAAACCAGAGUCAACUCAUGAGAAAUUAGUGUCGAUUCAACGAGAAGAGUCAUCUGUCCGGUAUGGUGAAGAAAUUGUCAGUGGGAAAUUAGUGUCCGUUCAAGGGAAAGGUAAGAGUACAAUGCGGUAGCUAUGUACAAAGUGUACUCCUCGUUUCUAAAGAAAACCGGUAAUAUAAGAGUACGUCGGGGUGUUUCCGGGUAUGUUUAAUCAAGUAUGAUCAUGAAAUUGAUAAGGGCUGCAUACAUCUUGCAUUUCAACUUUAAUUUAUGAUAAGCUGAAAUUUCAGUUUAACGGAGAAAAUUGGAGAUUCUUUUUGCACACAUUUUUAUGUCAUUCUACGGCAAUGCAUAAUUGUCAUACCGUAAUGAGGAGGAAUAUCUGAUUUUAUGUGUUAAGUAGAAAUGUCGCUUAUUUAUUAAUUUGACGCUGAAGAUAAAGCCUGCUCAUUUAAUCGCACGACUUUGGCUUAAUGAAUAUUGGUGGAAACCGACGGAUUUCUUUGUGAUGGACUGACUAAAUUUUCGAAAUAUUCGGGGAGUGGCUUGUUUUCUAGUGUUAUAGUAAGGUGUGCGUUGAAAUGUCGGGGUAAUAGUAAAACAUGAAGACACCCACAGACACCCGCAGACACCCACAGACACCCACAGACAGCACACAGACACCCACAGACAGCCACAAACAGCCACAGACAGCUGCACAGACAGCACACAUAC